AUGAAGAAGGUCCAUAACUGUAGUUAUUUUAUAAAGAUAGCAAAAUGUGCAAUUAAGGUUGAGUUGGUCAACGAUAGUCUUACCGAAUUAAAGGGUGAGAUUGCUGGUCCUCCAGAUACACCGUAUGAAGGAGGUAACUUUGUGCUCGAAAUUAAAGUACCAGAGACAUAUCCCUUCAACCCUCCUAAAGUACGUUUUAUAACGAAAAUAUGGCAUCCUAAUAUAUCUUCCGUCACUGGUGCUAUCUGUUUGGAUAUUUUAAAAGAUCAAUGGGCUGCUGCCAUGACUCUGCGUACGGUAUUGUUGUCGUUGCAAGCACUGUUAUCAGCAGCAGAACCUGAUGAUCCCCAAGAUGCGGUAGUAGCUAAACAAUACAAAGAACAUCCUGAACUGUUUCGCCAAACUGCCACGCACUGGACAUUUGUAUACGCUGGCGGACCAGCGAAAAUACCUGAUUUAGAUGACAAGAUAAGGCGAUUAACAGACAUGGGGAUCGAGGAGCACAAUGCGAGAGUCGCUCUAUCCUCGUACAAUUGGGAUUUGGAACGCGCCACUGAGCACUGCCUCUUCAGUUAGUGAUAACUGCAUAGCUAAUCUGUCACAUCCACAAGCACCAACUCAUUUUACUAUUGAGAAUUUCCUUGAAUAAUUUCCUGCCCCAUUAUUGAUUAUCAUUACUUUACGAUUUUUUUUUUUUACAAUUGCAUGUAAAUUGUAAACUGUCACUUACAAUUGGUUUUACGAUUGGAGAAUUAUGCAUCUACAAUGACAAUAUCUGAAUGAUCUGAAAAAAAGGUAUCAUCAGAAGAGAGGUAAUUAAUCAGCCGUUAAUAUUCAUUUAUUUAAGUUGUAACAUAGACACGAGAGGAAAAUAAUAAAAAGAAACAACUGAGAGAGAUAUCGAAGUAAUCAGUUAAACUCCGAGCAUUCUGCAAACGAUAUAUUAUUCUGUACGUUGAUGUUCCAUUAACAGCAUCCCGCAGUUUUAAGAGGAGAGCAAAAUGUCGUUAGUGAUAACGCGAUACAAAAUUUAAGUUAACAUAUUCUUAAUUGUUCACUUCCUUUGUACUGUAAGUAACAAUUAUGUGCACCGAGUGCAUUGAAGAUCUGAUACAAAUACGCCCUACGCUCUAGUUUCGCGUACUGUCGUCCGAUUUUUCGUUACUCCGUCAGCCGAUGUUCCCCCACAUUAUAUUGCAAGCUCCAAGAUUGUAAUGAAAGUAUCGGGCUUUAAGUAAAAUCUCCUAUAGGUAUUCACUGGCUACAUUUCAAGCGUACAAUUAAGUAUCUCGAUUGCAAUCUUUCCGUAAUUUAUACUUCGUAUCGGUAAUGUGCAAAGUUUGCUGACGAGCUGCGUGUCCACAUUACAAAGUACAUUUACAAUCUUAAUCAUUACGUGUUAUUACAAGAAUAAUGUUAUUUAAUAGAAUAUACGUUUGCGUAUCCAUUACACUUCUGCAUAUUGUUAAAUUUCUAACAGCAAGGAAACAUUAGAUUGUAAAGAUUUACGAUUAUAAAGUAUACGAGAAAAUUCUAGACUGUCCAUUCUGCUUCGUCAUGUGUGUUACCUAAAUUUAUAAUUUGUCAAAAUAUAUCUCCUUUAAAGUCGAUCUUAAAAGACCACUGGGUAAUUUGGUCAAUGAGAGUUGCAAUAAAUAUAUAAUAAAAUCGAUACGUGCAUGUAAUGCACAUUCGUUAUUUUCUUUUACAUAGAUUGAAAUGGAGAGAUCUUAAUCAUCAUUUGACCAAGCGCGAUUGUAUAUUGUUCAAGUAGUAUGUGUGACUUGUAAAAAGAUUCAUGAACUUGAUAGUUUCAGUAUUGACAUUUUACAUUCGUACAUAUUUGUGACGUCAUUUUAUGUGAAGUAGUAAAAAUUGUCUAUCACUUCACAGAGAUAUGUCUGCACGUACGUACAUACAUAUGUUCGUUUGCUCUUUUCGUGCUUGUAUCGUGCGAUGUACAUUCCAGGUUCGGUAGUAAAUAGCAUUUAUUUAGCAGCCUCAGUGAAAUUUUAAACAUUACGACAUUUAAGAGAACGUUGUUGGAAAAAGGAGGUAAAGAAGAAAUUCGAUUAUUUCCAACUGUCAUAUCCAAUGAAAGGCAGAUUCGAUUCGAUGUGAAUAAUUAAAUCGUAAAAUUGUGAAGAAGAACAGUGCAGAUAAGAUAAAAAUGAAUUAAUUAGCUCAUUAUUUGUAUAAUAAUGUAUAUGGAGAAAUGCAUAGUUUUUUGUACAAUCAAAUGUUAAGCCAUGUGUGUUAUACUAUGAAAACAUGAAAAUUUAAUCUUGUAGUUUCAGUUUGUUAUUACUUUUUACGUAGCUUAGAAAUCCAUAGCUAAUCAUACCUAUUAUAGUCAAUUGUAAAAAUCUCUGUUUUGCUCUGAAUAUUGGGUUGAAAUCUGAUACAUCCUCUUUGAUGUUUUAAUCGCUGUAAUGUUUAACAUCAUGAGAAAAUAAAUAGUUCUUUUUCCAUUGUUCUAA